CUAGUCAAGAUUAAUCAUAUGCUAGCAUUAGUAUCAAAAGUUAAGACAAAAAUGUACUUUCUUCCACAAUAAGAACUUUACCUUUGCGAUUUCACAGUAGUUGGUGAUAUUCGUUACUUUAGCCAAGAGGAACGUGCCCAGCUGCUCGACGUGGAUAGGAAGAGGCCGAAGAGGCCAUCACAAAUAGGAAAGCACCCGAUAAAUAUCUCUACCAAGAUGGCGGAAGGUCAAGACGACUCACCUUCGAAAAAAUGGACUCUUACGGUAAAAACGCCGAAAGAAAAGAAAACAAUAGAAAUAGACGGAAAUGCAACAGUUAAAGAACUGAAAGAAUUGGUGGCCAAAACAUUCAGUGCUCAACCAGAACAGUUGUGUUUAAUUUUUGCUGGGAAAAUCAUGAAGGAUCCUGAAACAUUGAAGACCCACAACAUUAAAGAUGGCUUGACUGUUCAUCUUGUGAUAAAGAGUACUCCACCUCGCGCAAAUGAAGGCAACAGUUCAUCUUCGCCAUCCUAUGCCCGUGAACUUCCCCCUGUGGACAUUUCUGAUUCUGCUGGAUUUGGAAUUGCCGGUCAACUUGGAGGAAUUCCUGGACUAGAGGCACUAGGCAUGGGCUCUGCCAAUUUCAUGGAAAUGCAGCAAAGAAUGCAGCGUGAGCUCUCUGGCAACCCUGAAUUAAUUAGAAACCUUAUGGACAAUCCAGCUGUGACUCAACUAAUGUCUGAUCCUACUAUUGUGAGAAGUAUUUUUGAGGCAAAUCCCCAGAUGAGAGAGUUAAUGGAGAGAAAUCCUGAGAUCUCUCACAUAAUGAAUAACCCUCAGUUACUUCGGCAAACAUUGGAGUUGGCUCGCAAUCCCUCUAUGCUUCAGGAACUGAUGAGGUCUCAUGACCGAGCUCUAUCAAACCUGGAGUCUAUUCCAGGGGGUUAUAAUGCUUUGCAAAGAAUGUAUCGUGACAUACAGGAACCCAUGUUAUCAGCUGCAACUGACCCAAGGAACCCUUUUGCAGGCCUUGUUGAAAAUAAUCCAGAUGGAACCAACCCUCAGCAGGGUCAGGAAAAUCGAGAUCCUCUGCCAAACCCAUGGAACCCAAGAGAUGCUGCAAACAGUAGUCCUACUUCCCGACCACCUAGGACGGGUUCAGCGAAUACCACCACUACCACCACCACCGCUAACACCACCACUACUCCACCAGCAGGAGGAAAUCUUCUGCAGACAAUGAUGCAGCAGAUGAUGGAAAACCCUCAAGCAAUGCAGAAUUUUGCCACUGCACCUUAUGUGCAGAAUAUGCUUGAAAGUAUGGAGCAGGAUCCAGAAAUGGCAAUGCGCAUUUUCAACAUGAAUCCCAUGAUUUCUCGCAACCCGGCCUUGCAAGAACAAAUGCGCCAAAUGAUGCCCAACUUUCUCCAACAACUGCAGAACCCAGAAGUGCAGGGUCUAGCCUCUAAUCCUCAAGCACUAUCUGCAAUUAUGCAGAUCCAACAAGGUCUAGACCGGUUGAGGGAAGCUGCACCCUCCCUUGUUAACAAUAUGGGGCUCGGUGCUAUGCCAUCUUUGGCAACAUCUCUAGACCCCAAUGCUACUGCAUCAAGUCCCAGUCUAGGAGGUGCAUCACCCACUAGCCGAACAACUGCAGGUAGUCCUGCACCCUCCGUUAACACUGAUACGUCUUCAACAGCCCCGACAUCAACUACUACAACAAAUCCAACUGCACCUACUACAGGAUCAGGAACUUCACCCAGUAGGCAAGAUGAUGUUAUCUCACAAUUUUUGGCUAGAAUGUUUUCUGAUAUGGCAAGUCAAAAUCCAUCAGCUAGCCCUAGUUUGCCUCCAGAAGAGAGAUACCGUUCUCAACUUGAACAACUUACCAACAUGGGUUUUGUCAACCGAGAUGCUAAUCUUCAAGCUCUUAUUGCAACUUUUGGUGAUGUGAAUGCAGCAGUUGAAAGACUACUAACAAAUAGUCAGCUUUCUCAGAGCUAACAACUACAAUGGCCAUACUGCUUGUGUCCUGUCAUGACUCUCUUGUGACUUGCUAGCCUGCAUUUACAAUUGAUUUUGUUUAGACAAGCAUUUCAAUGGGAUAAAGUGCAAAUCUGAUGAAGAGGAAAGUUUUACACGAGCAUGUCUGGAUGAAACAGUUCUGACCCAUUUGAGCAAAUAAAUAAUUUUUAUAUAAAUAUAUUCAUGUAUAUGUUCAUAUAUGUCUAUUAUAUGAUGUUUUAGUCUAAAUUUGUUUCAUCGUUUGUUAGUGGCUUUCAUUACUGUCAUUUUUAAGUUUCUUCACUCGUAAAAGCAUGUACAGGGAUCAUUUUUAUCAUAUGUUGUACAAAAUCUAUUCCAUGUCUUUGGUAACCUGAGAAUCAUCUGGAACAAUCAAUUAAUCAUGUAGCACAUUAUUUUGUGGCUACUUGUGUCUACAGAAAAGAAAAGGAAAGAAAAUGGUUCCUUGUCACUGAUCAUGUCAUGAUUGUAGAUAAGUAGCUUCCUUAAUCAUGUGCUUUGUAGCAAAUGGAUUUCUAAUUGGUUUCAUUUAUAUGUGGAAUAUGAGUCAGGUACUGACAUGGUAUCAAUUGUCAGUAAUUCAUUGUCUUAUUUCAAGAAGUAUCAAGGCAGUAAUGACACAGUAAGAACUUUAGGUUUGUUUUGCAACCUUCAAUGUACUUUUUGAAGUCACUUUCACUUUUCCAUGUGCGCUAUCCUGCAUCUUUAGUAUCAAAGAAAAUUUAUUUAGAUGGCAUCACAUUGUUCAUUUCUUUCAUAGUAUUGCAUUUGGUUCAACCUGAUGUGUGUGUAAAGUUUGUACAAAUAUUUUCUGAGAGUCUUAUACAUGGUGAUAAUUUAUGCUUAAUUUUCAAAGAUCACUUGCUCUUUGAAAUUUUCAGAGUGAGUGGCAUAUAUUGCAUUUGUUUAAAUAUUUGAAAAGCUUGAUCUGUCUCAGGCAUUCUGCUUGUUGCAUGAUGUUCGUUGACUGAAAAUUAUGUUGUGGUGCCUUUAGUGCAUUUCUUUCUCUUUUUAAAAUCUAUUUUCAUUUCUGGCAUUUCAGAUUUCUAAUAAAAACACAUUAAACUUCAGUUCUGUGUUUAAUUAAUACACAGUUACUAAAAUGAUAAAAACAUUCAUGAAAACUGAUAAACAGUUUGCAAGAACAAAUUCACCAGAUCAAUUUCAGACCUGCUUACCCAGCCCUUUCCAGUUUAGCUUGAGUCUUUGUUAGUCUCUAGUUUUUUUUCUUAGUGUCUUGAGUGAAAGUUGGUCCUGUUCUUAUCUGCUCCUGUAACUAUCUAUAGAUUGUUUGAUAUACAGACUUAUUGGGUUUUCUUUGCACUCUAAAAUACCUGUCAGUUCUUGUUUGGUCAUUCAGUGCACAGUCAUUGUGAUGUAACACAGGGUGAGUGAUCUGCGCCGUCCUUUUUCCCAAGCUAUACUGUACCAAAUUCAGGCGGGUGGGUUUGCCUACCGUCGCUUGUCAUGGUUCCUUAUAGCCCCGUGCGUGUAUGCAACCCUUCCGCUCGCCUGAUUCCGGUACUGUUGAGCUAGAGAAAAGGACGGCACAGAACACUAACCCUGUACAUAAAAAAUUAUCAGAAGCGUAGUGUUGAAUACAACCAUCUUUCCUAUUUUUAUGGUAUAAUAGUAUACUUUUUCCAAUUUCUGCCUCUGUACUUGUUCAAUAGUAUGCUGUGGGGAGAGGUAUGCAUGGGUGGUGCUAGUGACUCUUACAAUGUUUAUUUGGUCCGUAUUUAUUAUAUUACAUUAACAUUCCAAGCUUUGAAGAAUUUACAAACACAGGGUUUCAUGCUUAAAACCUGAUUAGCUUUAAUUGUUUGUUCUAAUUGUCACACUGAUUUUGAGGUGAGUAUGCUUGUUUUUGUUGUUCUUUGGGAUUUUUAAUUUUAUUCCAGAAUUGAAAUGUUUUGGGCUCUGGCAGUUCUAUUUAAAUAAAGAUACAGUAUACAGUCUGCAAAACAUAAAUAGUUUUCCAGAAUUUGUUUUUUUGAAAGGGAAAAAACAAGCUGUCUGUACAGAAUCCUUUCAGAGGUUCUAAUUUUGUGUUAUAGGGUUUCUUCAUAUUACUGAUGUUAUUUAGAAGGUAAUUUUCUGUUUGGUGUGAAGGUUACAGCAUCGUACGACUGUAUUACAAUUAUAAUUACAUGAUGAAUAAAUGAUUCAAAACCAGAAA